AUGAAGAGUAUAGAACGAGAUGCAAUUCAGAAUGAAUUUGAAAACACAUUUCAAAUACUUGCUAUCUCAGAUAGGAAAGGAAACGAAAAUGCUGAAGUAGCCAAAGAAAGGGCGUCCUCUUUUUCGUCGCGAAAGUUUCCAUGCUCCAACGCUCAAGGUUUCAACUGCCAAUAUAUGGCCUUGUCAUUCUACGGACUUCUGGAGGCAGCGUUGCUUGUUCUAAACGGUAUAGCUAUUCUGCAUCGAGAGCGUUUCCUAAAGAAGUACGGUUUUGGUGUACCCUCAAAUUCGUUCGAAUCAGAUUCGGGAUCAGUAAAAAAUCAACUCAUCAGUCUCAUUUUGGCCGUCCAAACGGUUAUGCGUAUGCCUUUAAUCGGCAUUAACAUCAUCGUAAUCGUGUUCAAACUGGUUCUUGGAUAA